AUGGGAACUCAUAAAGUAUCCCACACCGACUACAACAGCUUGAGUGCCAGAUCCCAGUCUUCAGGCUUGAACGCACUGAAAUAUGUAAUUGGGGUUAUGAAGACCGCCAAGAAUUGGAAGGACUUUGCAAGAGUCAGCUCAGUUGCAAGCAUGAUUUGGUUUCAAGACGAGGGGAACUUCAUCCAUUGGAUUGUUGAGGAACAAUGUGCUGGUGCAUUUGAGGUGUUGAUGGAGUCAUGGCAGACGAUGGGAUGGCAAGCAAUCAAGAGAGCCCAUUCAUUGCUGGGACAAAAGCAACACUGGGUGAAAUUUGAGGAGAAGAGUACCGAGAUGGAGAUGGAAGAGUGGAAGCAACGGUGCUGGGGUGUUAAAGGAAUUGUGGAGGAUAACUCGCCGUUGGUCAAGGCAUUGGUGCAGGUUAGAUGA